AUGGCGGAAACAGGAAAAGUCCAAUUUUUGUGGCGGGUGCUCCUGUGUCUGCUCACUCUGACUCUUCUGGUUCUGUGCGUGAACUUCGCCGGACCGAUGUGGGAUCAGCUGGACAUGACGACAUCUAAAUAUCUUCAGAAGCAACGACAAAAUUCAAGUGACGCAGAGUUCGGACGACAUGACCGACUUCUGACAGCGGCAGAGAACGUGACAUCUCUCCCGUCGGAACUCAGGACAAUCCUGUCGUCCAGGGACUCUUGUACGAAGCCUGUUACCAACUUUGUUUUUAUCAAGGUCCACAAGACUGGUUCAGCCAGCACUGCUGUCAUCUUGAUAAGAUUUGCCUACAAUCAUCACAUGAUCAUGUGCUAUGGAAAUAGGGGAAUGAGACUCACUUUUCCCAGGACGGAGAUAUACAAGUCCAGCUGCGCUCGUUGGAAAGAGUUUGGGGAUCGCUUCAAUUUCAUCGUACAGCACACCGUCUUCAACAAGACAGCGAUGGACCGGAUCAUGAGACCGGGCACCAAGUACAUCGGCAUCAUGCGCGAACCUCUCAGCCAUUUCCGUUCUCAGUUCUUCUUCUUUAAAGAUCCCCGUCGCUACGGGUUAAGGAAAAGUCGGAAUCCGCUGGGUGCCUUUCUGGAUAACCCGGAGCGUUAUGAGCUGAAAGUAACGAAAAAUCUAACGAGGAGUCGGGAAAGAAACAAGCAAGCUUUUGUCAUGGGUUUCCCCCCAGAUCUCCUCGGUACACAGGACACUAGGCUCAUGGAUAAUGUAAUCAAGCAGCUCGACCAAUGGUACACCUUUGUCAUCAUCAACGAGUACUACGACGAGUCUCUUGUCAUGUUGAGGCGGAAGUUGUGUUGGGGUUUGUUUGACAUACUACACUCCACUAAACAUGUCAACAAGCAACACAAUCGAAAGAAAUACGUCUCCCUCACGAAUAAACAGUUGCAGAAUCAUAAAAGAAUCAACACCAUAGACUUCAGAAUGUACGACUUCUUCAACAAGACAUUCUGGAGGAGCGUGGAGGAGGAAACGCGAAAGGGAUUCUGGGAGGAAGUGACGUACUUUAAAGACGUAGUGAAAAGAGUCAACACUUACUGCUCCAAACGUAAGAAAGAGAAACAUUUACAAAUUCCUACCAGUAAAUGGAAUAAGCCAUUCUCUGUCAAUGGAAACUUUUGUAAAGGUUUGAAUCGGGAUCCAAAAGUAUGGGGCAGGAAAUUGUUUCAUCAGAUGGUUCACAGUGUUAAGAAGAAAAAGAAGAGAAAACAUCUAUAA